AUGCCCAACGUCCGUUCCAUCCCCAAAUCCCAUCCACCACCACCCAAUCCGCAAAAAUCCUUACCCAAUCUCUUGGAUAUAUCCUCCCUUUCCCUGAUUCCGAAAUCAUUAUGGACCCCCCAAGGGGCGAUAUAUUUCGAUACCGGGAGAUUAUUGAUUGACAACACAGGCCUGGGGUCGAUUUGGUCCCAACUGAGAUUGGAUAAACCAGAAUGGACACUUGAGGUUGUAUUUCGGAGUACGGGGACUCAUGAAGACAUUGCAUUUGCUGAUGAGAAUCAAUUUGGGAUCUGGAUCGUGAGUGUGGAUCUGAAAGAUGAUGGGGAAAGAUAUGAUGGAUUUCGGAUCUUGGUUAACAAUCAUGAAAAACCCGGUUUGAAGAUUUUUAAUAAUGAUGGAACGGCAAAUGGUGGACGGGAGUUGAAGGAUUCGAUUGGGGAAUGUAGGUUCCAGUAUUUGAGUUCUCAAGUUCCAUAUACUAUAAGAAUAUCAUAUCUGGAGAAGAGGAAAUGGUUUAAGGUCCAAGUGAAUAAUAAUUUAUGUUUUAAGACUGAUCAGAUUCAUAUUCCCAAUGCGAUGAAAUAUGGGAUUAGUGGCGAUGUUAACCUGAAAUCGAAUGAGAAAUUUGAAGUAUUGGGAAUAAAAGUCUGGGAUGAAUUGAUUGUUGAUGCAAUUGAUGAUCAUGGAUUGAUUGGGGCCGAUGGGGAUGUAAGAAUCACAGAAGUGAUUCAACAACAUGCCCAUGCUUCAAAACCAACUGCUAGCCCUGGGAUUGUGAGAGAAUCAUUAAUGGAACGAGCAAGGAGACAGAGGGAACAAGAACAACAGAAUCUCUUACAAAAACAACAAGAGCUUUAUCAACAACAGCAAGACCGUCAACAAAGAUUACAAAACAUCCAGUCACAACCACCACCCAAUCUCGACACCACCCAACUCGAAUCAAAAAUCCAAUCCCUCGAACAACUCAUAACGGCCCUCUCGUCCACCAUUUCCACCCAGGAGAAAUUAUUAAAAGCCACCACCGAAUCAUUCCUCUCCACCCAAAAUGACCAAUCGAAACAAAUUUCAAAUAUUGCCAAUUCAUUAAAAACCCUCGAAGAAACCUUCACCAAACAAUCGUCACAACUCUUAUCCGCCAUCACCGCCCUAAAUGAAAAAGUCAUCGGCGAGGUUCGACAACAACAUUAUGUCAUGGGGCAACUUACGCAAAAAGUCGAUUUAUUAAUGAAUAAUCAUCAAGAAAUCGCUCAACAAUAUAACAGAAAUCAGAAGGAAGAAAGAGAGAGAAUGAGGGCUCCAAUGGUGGUACAGAAGGGGUGGAUGGAUACGUUGACGAAAUGGUUACUCAUCCCAUUGGUGGUGGUUAUGUUGUGUCUUUUGGUGGUUGUAUAUCGUCUCAGACAUGAUAUCAAACAUUCAAAACUUCUAUAG